GAUUUGUAGCAAAGAUUACUGCGAUCAUCUAUAGUGCAUGAAUGACAUCGACUGUCAUAAUGAAAUUUUAGCUCAUUCCAGCACAUAAUAUCAUAGAGAGCACCUGUGUAAUUUCCGUUUCUCCAAUAAUACAUUGUAUAAUUGAAAAAGAAAAGAAUUGAUCUCUAAUGUCGAGGAAGUCACGAGUCACAUUUCGAAUCUCGAGCGACACGAGUAAUCGACACGCGCGUAAAAUACGUUUCCUUCGGAAGCAUCCGCAAUGGACGAUAACGACACAACGACCUCACAGUAGCGGCGGAACUUGAAACUUUGUUCAUAAGAGACUCGUAAGAGCAUUUGUGAUAGCGGACGAUUCCAAGCAGAAUGAGACGCAGGGUAAACACUUAGGCGUAUUGCGCCUGCGUCACAUCGUCAGUGUGAAAAAUGUACACCUGCUACGUAAAUUAUUCGCGCCUUGCAGAUACAACUGUGUGUUGAAUUUGCAUAACGUAUAAUUUAGUUCGAAUUUAGUUAAUCGACACACAUUUCCUGCGUGGUGUCUUCGAGACGUUUCAGCAUAUUUCAGUCAAUCAAGUCUCCCCUUUCUCUCACCGAGUGGCGUGUAUGCUAUUUGGAAGAUAUCCCUUAAAUUGACUGUUAAUGUCGAUUACGCGUUAUUUCCGUGAAAGGGAUACACUGGGGGAAAUUAUUAAACGAUGUGAAUGGGAAUGUAAAAAAGCGAAGAGGUUGCGUGGUGAAAGCAAAAGUCCGCGCAUGCCAGAAACGUCUUAGCUUCUAGCGAAAAUGGAUGUGUACGACGAUCGAUUCUAUGGAUUCACGCGACGUUUGAUGAUCUCGAUUGGUCUCUGGCCCUAUCAGAAUCCGCGGUACAGAAAACUUUUACGGAUACUCGUGUUUCUCGUUCAUGUAUCGGGUAUAUUAAGUCAGUAUAUGAGUUUCUUUACGUAUCAGUACAGCAUGAAGUUGCUCAUCGAAAUAAUAUCCUUCAAUAUGCUGUUGUAUAUAUAUAUUUUGAAGUACAAUGCGGUUUAUCUGAACUCUACAGGGGUGAAAUUGUUGCUGGAACAGAUUAAUUGCGACUGUAAUGCGCUAACGGACACUCGGGAGAUUGAAAUAAUACAGAAAUAUGCGUCUAGAGGAAGACAGUAUACUAUUUAUUCCGGACGUUAGUAGCAUCGCGUUUUAUUUCGCGCUGCAUUUUGCGCUGGACGAGCCGUUAAGGCACAUCUUAUUCUACUUAAUGUCACUUAAUAUCUCAACACUUUGAGGACUGUAUACGCAAGCGUCGAUUGCAUGGAGACGUUAAUGUGCCCGGUCCGCAAAGUGUUAAGAGGGGAAUCCUGUCUGUAGGGUCAAAAAAAUUGAUUUUUUUUACUACAUUUUCUGAAAAUACAUAUUGUUAAGAAUCCAUUCUAAAAUCCGUAUCGAAAAAUUCAGAAAAUUACAGAAGUUACAAUCUAUUAUUCGAAGCGGCGUACAAAUCAAAAUCAGAGCGCUCACUGGGUCUUUCAAAGUUUCGUCAUACAAUUGCUGUAGAAACAAUUCUACGAAACUUAGGAAUAAGGUAAACCUAGUAAAAAAAAAUUCCAUGAGGUCGAGGAGAAUUUAUUACAUGGACCUGGAAUUGCCGAUUAGGCUGAAAAUUACGUGAGUACUAGAAAUAUGAUUGAAUAGUACAUGAAAUUUUAAACAUGUUUUUUUCGAAAUGACUGCUUUAACUGGCUCUCACGAUUUGAGACAAACUAAUGAAUCGAUCAAUUUCAGCAUGUAGUUAUUAUUCGAAACAUGUCUUUCUAUCGUGUGAACUAGCGAAAUUAAAAAAUAUUAAUUUUUUAUGUUUAUUUUUAACGUAAAACUACCGAUUUUUAUGGCGAUUCUUCAAAUAUAAUUUUUGCCUUAA